CGCUUAUUGCCGCCAUCGCUCCUGCUGAUGCUGCUGCCAUGGCUAUCGCAGACCUUCUAGGAGUCCAAUUCGACAUGCAGCUGCUGCUCAAAAUUAGUCUUUCUGUGGCGACAGUGCUUCUGGUGUCACUGGCCUACAGGUUCUACAGCUCUCGGGGCACGCAGGAAAUUCCAGUCCAGCAUCACGAAGAACCGCAGACUUGCCAAAGAUGCAAGACGACCCUGCUGGCUGAUGGCACUGAUGAUAAUCUACUUGGACUUUUGGUCACUUAUGAUCCAUCAUCUGACAACGGCAAGGAAACACCAAUAGAAGCUAAUCCAGCCCAGGAGGUGUUAACGACUGGGAUAGCAAGUACAAAAGUCCGACACUCUCCUUCCUUUUUAAAGAAGUUGGAGGGCGGUUUGGGCGUGGGCAGGGAGCUAAGGCAGGACUUGGAGCGACAUGGGGUCUACUCCAGCUUCCUCUCCAAGGCAGAGAUUAAGGUGGAGGACGCUAAAUUGACGAUGGACCGUUCAGGAGACCAGGUAGUGCAUGGAAAAAUAUAUGAAUACUAUGUGAAAACCUCUUCUCACUGUACAAGGGACCCAAACACAGUGUUGGAUCAGAAUGAAAGCAUAUCUGAGUCGCAACGAGCAGAGAUCGGAAGCCGUAGCAGCACCCUCACAGAUUCCCCUGUUUCUGUGGACCCUGACAUUACUAAGGAACCCUCCUUCCUCGGGAACACAAAUCUGAGGCCCUCCACGACAUGUGGACCUCUACGCAAACAGAGCUAUCUAACUGCUGCAGCACAGUCGGAGCUGCCAAAUCCAGUUCCUCCCUCUAUUAGCUCAACCAACGCUGGUCCACUGUUCAUCAGUCCUUCUACAAACAAUAAAUGCCACAAUGUGAGCAAACGGUCUGAUCUAGAAGCUGUAGUAGGGAGUGGUCUGGUGCACCGUUCAGAUUUGGAAAGCCUCAAAAGUCAACUGGAUCUGGGGAACUGUUUAGAGGCACUGUUUUUGGCCAAAAAACACGACCACAGGUCAGUGGUGCAAGCAGCCAUUGAAGUUAUGUCCGACAACUACCUGCAGGUACUACUGGAUCCUGACCUUUAUGGGCGGCUUACUGAUGCCGAGCGGGAACUAAUCAGGAGGCAGAGAACAAGAGGGAAGAGAUUCGUCACGGUGGCAGAUAUGGACCCCCAAGACUGGUCGAGGAACAGCAAGAUGUUGAAAAGAAACUUGAGUGCUGUGUACUACUAUGACGACUAUGGAAACACCUGGCACAAACUUUGCUCCAUUCCACAGGAAGUCAUCAGCAAAGCCUGUGCCAUGUGCACGAUGGAUAACUACCUUUUUGUCGCCGUGGGCUGCCAAAGCACAGAGAGUGAAAUGACACCUUCCAAGCGAGUGUUUUGCUACAAUCCUCUCACAGCCAUUUGGAAGGAGAUCAGCCCCAUGAAUGAAGCCAGGCCCCGUUGCAAACUUGCCGCACUGGAUGGCUACAUCUACGCCAUUGGUGGGGAGUGCCUCUCCUCGGUGGAGCGCUACGACCCGCGAUCAGACAGAUGGGCCUUUGUGGCGCCUCUGCCUAACGAUACGUUCGCCGUGGCUCAUCACGUGACCGUGUGCAAUGGCGAGCUGUUUGUAUCCGGCGGUAGUCUCCGCUACAUGCUUCUGCGCUACAGCCCCAAGAGCGACACCUGGAAGGGGAGUCUGAUGAUGGGCAGCAAAGACAGGACGGCAGACAUCGUGGCCGUGGGACCCUUUCUGUAUCGCUUUGAGGUCAACCCUCUACUGGGGGUCAGCGUAUACCGCUACCACACCGUGGCCCGACUGUGGUACGAGUGCGGAACCAAACGCCUCCGCCACUGUCCCGCGUUCCAGUGCGUGGCGAUGGACGACAUCGUCUAUUGUGUCAGCCGUCACUUCACCUUGAGGUUUGAGGCCGAUGAGAUAGCUCCGGCUUUCUCUGACGAUGAUUUGAGCGUCCCCUCUGCAGCCAAGGGCCUGCUUUUCCCCUUUGUACUGUCGCUCCCCGAUGAGAGCCCUCGGCAGACCAGCGUGUAG